AUGCUGUUCACGACUGUCCUCGUGAGCAGUCUACUGACUGUCGGACAUGUGGCCGCUGUCAAGAGUGCUCAGGCUAAUGCACUCCUACAAUCGAGCGAAGACGUGGAGGAAAUACUUCGACGGGACUCAAACAUGAUGGCAACACUCACCCGAAGACAAGACUCGAACCCGGCCGACACAGCUCCUUUGGCGUCCUUGACACCAGGAUCUGGCGACGCGUCACAAAUCAACUUUGCAGAAUGGGAAGAACAGACUCGCCAGGCUUGCAUGGACACACUCUCGAACCUCAAUGGCCAAGCUUCAAAUCCGAGUGGAAUCGUAGUGUGCUACAACCUGCCAUUCCUUGACAACAGUACUGGUGUCUUCCAGGCCGAGCUGCGCAUGUACAACGUUUCAGCUCCUAUCGACCCCUGGGUGGGGGUCACCGCUGCAGAUGUUAGCAUGACACUGUCUUAUCUUGGUGCAACGGUACAAAACAUGGCUGGCAACUUCACCAAGCGGGAUAUCAACUGGCCACCGGUCAAGGACGGGAUGCUAGUUGAAAGGCAAAACAUCAACACCAUAACUGAACUCAAGGUGCUCAUGUAUGUCGGCAGAGUCAAUGCAAAUCUGAUGGGGUCGGCCAUGACUCAAGAAGCACUCCAACCUCUACUCAUCCCUCAGAUUGACCUAGCAGCCCGCAACCCUAUCACCGGCCAGGACGUCGAGACCACCCUCUCGUCUGGCGAUGCCUCGUUCGUCAAUGGUGUCUUCUCUAGAGCCGCCGAAGGCCCUACCAAUGCCGACCCAAAUGCUGCAGCAUCUGCUUCCGCCAUUGCACAAGAUGCCGCACCAUUCGUUGUCCCGGGCAUGUAUCUUGCCUUCUUUCCCAUCGGCCUUGUAAUUACCUCUGUCUGGGCUUUCUUCUUCUUCCUUGCCGUAGGAUUGGGCACAUAUGGGCGCAUCCAAUUCCGCGAUCAAUACAGGCGACGUGUGAGAAUGGAAAUGGCGCGAGGUGUGCGCACUAUUUGA